UGACGCGGCAUACUUCUCCAGCUGAUUUGUCGACGCGUGACUCGUCGCGCUCAAGUCCGGUAGAGUCGAUUGUCGCGCUGCUUCCCGGAGAUAUGUCGUGACUCCAUCUCGGCUGUUUUACCAGCGGAAGUGCUAUCAGUCGGCCCCGGCAACGGGCUCGCGCGCAACGUGUACAAUACAUCAGUUUGUUCCCGCUGCACGACGAGGUAACAGAUACGUUAUUCAACGUGACGGUUCUGCUAAUCGGGCUGCUGUCAAACACGGUGUGUCAAGAAGACGACGCCAGUGGACGCCAUGAUGGACGGUAUAUGUGACACUGCCGACAUUUUAAACAGCACACCCCCCAAGAAGACAAUCCAUGCUGAUACCAUAGACCUCUCGGAUAAGUCCUUGCAAGUUGAUAUUUCGGACGCUCUCAGCGAGAAGGAUAAAGUAAAAUUUACUGUACAUACGAAAACUACUCUACCUGAAUUUCAAAAACCAGACAAUCUAGUUGUAAGGCAACAUGAGGAAUUUGUGUGGCUUCAUGAUCGAUUUGAGGAAAAUGAAGAGUAUGCUGGUUACAUUAUUCCACCAUGUCCACCAAGACCAGAUUUUGAUGCGUCACGCGAGAAGUUACAAAAACUCGGUGAGGGUGAAGGAAAUAUGACACGCGAAGAAUUUAAUAAGAUGAAACAAGAAUUAGAAGCAGAAUAUUUAGCUACUUUUAAAAAAACUGUCGCUAUGCACGAGAUGUUCUUGACUAGGUUGGCACAUCAUCCAGUCUUUCGGAAUGAUCAUAAUUUGAGGGUAUUCUUAGAAUAUGAUCAAGAUCUUUGUGUGAGAGGAAAGAAUAGAAUGGAAAUGUUUGGUGGUCUGGUGAAGUCGUUUUCCAAAACUACUGAUGAAUAUUAUUUAUCAGCUACAGUAAAAGAUGUAAAUGAUUUCUUUGAUCAAGAAAUGACAUUCCUUCAAACUUACCAUCAUAAUUUGAAAGAAGCAACAAGACUGGCUGAUCGCCAAACAUCUAAACAUAAAGAUGUAGCGGAUUCGUAUAUAAAGAUUUCCACCAAUCUUCUACAAUUAGCUACAACAGAUAGUGGAAAACUCGAGAGGUUCUUAACUAAAAUUGCCGAGACCUUCGAGAAAUUACGAAAAGUUGAAGGACGAGUGGCAUCAGAUGAAGAUUUAAAAUUAUCAGAUACUCUUCGUUAUUACAUGAGGGACACAGCUGCGGCUAAAAGACUUCUUUUUAGAAGAUUGAAAGCUUUGCAUGAAUAUGAAACUGCGAAUCGCACUCUUGAAAAAGCUCGUGCCAAAAAUAAGGAUGUCCACGCUGCACUGGAGGUUGCUGAGGCGGAACAAGCGCAAACUGAGGCAUGUGAGAAGUAUGAACAAAUGUCUAAGAAAGGAAGAGAAGAACUUUUGGAUUUUAAAACUAGACGAGUUGCUGCGUUUAAGAAGAAUCUCAUCGAAUUAACAGAGUUGGAAAUAAAACAUGCUAAGUCGCAUGCGGAAUUGCUCAAGAAAUGUUUAUCGGUACUUCGAGAAGAGUGAUCUAGUUUUAAUGUUGCCAUGAACAAACCUAUACGCAUACAUUCUGUAUGCAGAUAAUAGUUUAUUUAAGAUUAUAAUAAUAUGGUACUGUAAAAUACUAUAUAUUUUUUGUUAACUAAAUUUAGAUCAUAAAUAGAUCAUAAAUAGAUCAUAAAUUUAUCAUAGAUCUAUCAUGCUUUGGAAAUAAAGUAUUGUACUAAUAGCUGCAAAGUGACUCUGAAAAGAUAUUUACUACCUUUGAGCUGUAAAAAGCUAUGUAGCUGUAAAGGACCACUAUCGGUUUUGCUUAAUAGACAUUAGAUUAAGUACAAUUGCAAUUUUAUAAGAGCUGAAUAAUACAUGUGUUAGGAAAUACAUUUAUAUUAUAAAAAUAAAAACAGAAUUAGAUGUUAUCGAGUCCCUUUGCAGCUUGGAAUUAAGAGCCUGUUAUACUUACAAAAUAAGGUUCUUUAUAUUAUAUAAACAAAUAUAUAUAUGUAUAUACAUAUACAUAUAUGUAUAAAUAAGAAUAUAUCCAUAUGAGUAUGUUAUUAGUACUACUUAAGUUUAGGGCAAUUUUGUGAAGGAAGGAUUGCUAGUAUAAAAGCUCAGGAUGAUUAAAGUUAAUACAAACAAUUAGAUUUUCAUAUAUAAACUUUCCAGGUUUUUAUGGUAUAUUAUUCUGACAAAUAAUUAAUCAUAAUCGCGUUUGCGCUUUAAGAUUACGAAGUAAAAUAAUGCAGCAAUGAUUAAAGGGACCUUGAAACGAUUUAUAAUAAAGUGCAAUUAUACUUUUCAUUGCAGCGUUAUCAAGCAA